AUGGCUGCCCCGCCGCCGCCGCUUCCGCGCCGCCCGCCGGACUCGGAGCCCCGGGCCGGACGGCGGAAACGCGCCCGCGGCGGCCCGCCCCGCGCCGCGCCCGCGCCCCGCCCCCCGCGCGCGCCCCCGACUCCCGCCUCGCGCGCGCCCCCGCCCCUCCUGUGCGCGCCCCGCCCCCCGCGCGCCCCCAGCCCCUCCUGCGCGCGCCCCCGACUCCCGCCGCGCGCGCGCCUCAGCCCCUCCUGUGCGCGCCCCCGCGCCCCGCCCCCCGCGCGCCCCCAGCCCCUCCUGCGCGUGCCCCGACUCCCGCCUCGUGCCCGCGCGCGCGCUCCCAGCGCUUCCUGCGCGCGCCCCCGACUCCCGCCUCGCGCGCGCCUUAGCCCCUCCUGUGCGCGCCCCCGCCCCCCGCCCCCCCGCGCGCCCCCAGCGCCUCCUGCGCGUGCCCCGGACUCCGGCUCCGCGCGCACCCCCAGCCCCUCCCGGAACCCCGUCCGACCCCUGGGGGCGAGCACCCCCGCCACGAACGGGGACCCCAGAACUCUGCCCCCCGCCGUGGAUCAUAGACCCAAAGGACCCCUGACCAGACCCCGGGAUCCCCCCGCGGUUCAUAGACCCCAGGGACCCCCACCCGGACUCCAGGACCACCACAGCCCCCAGGAUCAUGGACCCCAGGGACCCCCUCCCAGAACCGGGGACCCCCACUCCCAGAUCAUAAACCCCAGGGACUCCUGA